AUGGCGUCCGCGAAGCGAGGUCCAUCCGUGCUGGUGACCGACUCGCGAGAACGUCCUCCGCAGAGAGGUUCUCUCCAGCGGCAGAGUACCGGCAUAGGAGGUGCCCAGGGCCGGCCGGCCAUGCGCUUCAUCUCUGUCGACAAUGUGUUGCAGUACGCCUCCGACAUCCCCUCGGGUCAGCCCCGCGUCGCCCCCCCCUCCCAACGUCCCGGAGGUGGCCCCGCGAGCGCUCGACGCGGCGGCGCAGGCCUGCCGAACCUGCAGUCGAAGACGGGGCAGCAGAGCAUGCCUUCGCGCACGACAAAAAUUAGCGAGAAGCUCGUGUUGCUUCCUGAGACGGAUGAGAAACCCGGAUCCGACGAGGACCUCGACGAGCCCGCCAGCAGGAUAGCGCGCGAGAUUGAGGCCGAGGAGAACCGCCCACUACGCGACGAAGAGCUCGAUGUGCUCCGCAAGAGAGGCGGCAUCCGUGGCAAGAGUUACGCCGAGCGCCUGUCCAAGGUCCAGCGUAAAGAGAAGCUGGCGCGGUUGACGGCGUACUGCACGGCGCAGUCGUACAAGAUGAAGUCGGCCGCCGAAUUCUUCCGGACCAAGCACGACGCCAAGACGAAGCUCUACGACGACUGCCUUUACGUGGUCUACUCUUUGCCUCUCCUGAACGGCACCGAGGGCUACCGCCUCCGCAGCCGGCCCAUCGUCAAGACGCCGGGAAGCGGCAAGACGGUCCUGGACAUGGAGAUUGAGCGGAGUGAGCAGCGCGACUACCACGAGGGCUAUUUCGAGGACGUCGUCGACGCCGAAAGCCCCAUCAAUGGUAGCCCCAUGAACGGCAACAGCGUCUACGGGGACGGGUCAUCCUCGCCGCGCCACCACCGCGAGCAGUCCCCCGAGGACCCCAACAUGUCGCCCAUGGCGCGGAUCCCGGACGCCAAGUCGUUCGCCGAGAUGUUCCUCUUCUCCUACGGCGUCGUCGUGUUCUGGAACUUCACCGAGCACCAGGAGAAGGACAUCCUUGCGGACUUGACGUUCGCGCAGAACGAGAAUGGCCUCUCGCUGCUCACGCGCCCGCUCGACGAGGAUGACUUCGAGACGGAGGAGUUCCACUUCGAGUACAGCCACGACGUGAAGCGGCCGCGCAUCUUCAACGACAUGAUUACACUGCUGCCGCGCAGCGACCACAUGGUCAAGCUGACCAUCAGCCAUGCCAUCGCGCAGAGCACAAAGCUGUGUCUCUUCGAGGAACGCAUGAGCGAGACGAUGCUUGACGCGCAGCAUGUUCCGAAGCGGUUGGCCCUCACGGGCGAGCUCAAAAUGACGAGGGUAGAGAUUUUCAAGAUCCUGGGCCGGCUGUUCAAGAGCCGUGUCGAUAUCAACCUCUCCUCCAACAUCCUCGACGUCCCCAACUUCUUCUGGGACUCGGAGCCGACGCUGCACCCGCUCUACGUCGCUAUCCGCGAGUACCUCGAGAUCGACCCGCGCAUCAAGGUCCUCAACGAGCGCUGCCGCGUCUUCCUGGACCUCGCCGAGAUUCUGGCCGACUCGGUCGCCGACGCCAAGAUGAGCUACAUCACCUGGAUAGUCAUCGUCCUCAUCAUCAUCUCCAUUCUGGUCACCAUGACCGAGGUUGGCCUGCGCUUCGGCAUGCUGACCAAGAACAACGGCAAGGGCACGGACGUGCCGCUGAUAGCCGCCGGCGGCGGCUCCUCGGGGGCGCAGACGCAGCUGUUGCCGGGGAGCGUCAAGUGGGAGCUCGAGCGGAGGAACGUCAGCGUCGACGAGCUAAGGCUCUGGAGUCGGAUGCUGAGCGAGGAGGAGGGGGCCAGAUCCGAUCAGUCUCCUUCUACGGGGAGCCAGAUCGUGGGCAAGACCUUUGCUGGCGUAUGA